ACACUCUUUCCCAUUUCCAAGCAAAAAAAAUUAAUAAUACAUACAUUUAUACUCAUACGUUUGUAUAAAUCUAGAAAAGAGAAGAAAAAUGUGGGCUUUUACAGAGAAAUAAGAAAAAAGGAAACUUGUUUUUCUUUGUCUCUCUCUCUCAGCUCCUUCCUGCUUGUUUGCAUCCGGAAACAAAAGAAAGAAACUGUUGUGGCACAUUUGGUUUCUCUUCUUCACUGAAGGGUCGAAUUUGUACAGAGAAAAGAAGAGAUAGAGAGAGAGAAUAGGCAAGAGCCCCACAAGAGAGACAUGCUUGUCUGUGUGUAGUCCCUUUUUGUAUGUUCUUUAAUCUCUCCCCCUACUCUGUUUUUUUCUUGUCAUGUGUAAGAGUUUUGUCCUUCGAUUUUGGAGUUUUCUGUAACCAAAAAGAAUCAUAUUCCAUGACAUGGUUUUGUCUUUAAUUCUUCUGGUUUCUUGAUUUAUCUUGGAUCCUGUUUGCUCUCAGUAGAGCUCUUUGUCUCCUCCUGGUUUCGAAAAAUAAAUUAAUAAUAAUAAUAAAUGAAGACUUUGUAUUGAAAACAAUAGUCUGGGAGAUACAAAACAGAACAUAAGAGAAUCUCCAUAUGAUGGCUUCUGUUGAGGACAAGAUGAAAACAAAUAGUUGGGCUAAUGGAGGAACAAAAACAACAUCUCAAUCUACUCUACUUGAAGAGAUGAAGCUGUUGAAGGAUCAGUCAGGAACGAGGAAGCCGGUGAUAAACUCAGAGCUAUGGCACGCUUGUGCAGGCCCUCUGGUUUGUCUUCCACAAGUUGGGAGCUUAGUGUAUUACUUCUCACAAGGUCAUAGUGAACAGGUUGCUGUUUCAACCAGAAGGUCAGCAACAACCCAAGUUCCUAACUACCCAAAUCUACCAUCUCAGUUGAUGUGCCAAGUCCAUAAUGUUACCCUUCAUGCAGACAAAGAUAGUGACGAAAUUUAUGCUCAGAUGAGUCUACAACCUGUUCAUUCUGAGAGAGAUGUGCUCCCAGUUCCAGACUUUGGACUAUUAAACAGAAGCAAGCACCCAGCUGAGUUUUUCUGCAAAACGCUUACUGCUAGUGACACAAGUACACAUGGAGGUUUCUCUGUACCACGUAGAGCUGCAGAGAAGCUAUUCCCACCUUUGGACUACACGGCACAGCCGCCAACACAGGAGCUUGUAGUUCGAGAUCUUCAUGAGAAUACUUGGACAUUUCGCCAUAUCUAUAGAGGGCAGCCAAAGAGACAUCUCCUGACAACAGGAUGGAGUUUGUUUGUUGGCUCAAAGAGACUGAGAGCUGGAGAUUCUGUUCUGUUCAUCAGGGAUGAGAAGUCGCAACUGAUGGUUGGAGUGAGGAGAGCUAAUCGCCACCAACAAACAGCUCUUCCUUCAUCAGUUCUGUCAGCAGACAGUAUGCACAUCGGUGUUCUAGCUGCUGCUGCUCACGCAACUGCAAACCGCACUCCUUUCUUGAUUUUCUUUAAUCCAAGAGCGUGUCCAGCAGAGUUUGUGAUCCCUCUAGCUAAGUAUCGGAAGGCUAUAUGUGGGUCUCAGCUCUCAGUUGGUAUGAGGUUUGGAAUGAUGUUUGAAACUGAGGAUUCAGGGAAACGUAGAUACAUGGGAACCAUUGUUGGAAUCAGCGAUAUAGAUCCAUUGAGAUGGUCUGGUUCUAAGUGGCGUAACCUUCAAGUUGAAUGGGAUGAGCCUGGAUGUAACGAUAAACCUACUAGGGUCAGUCCAUGGGACAUUGAAACACCUGAGAGUCUCUUCAUUUUUCCUUCUCUCACCUCAGGACUCAAACGUCAGCUCCAUCCAUCUUACUUUGCUGGUGAAACUGAAUGGGGUAGCUUGAUCAAACGUCCUCUAAUCCGUGUUUCUGAUUCAACAAAUGGGAUUCUCCCUUACGCAUCAUUCCCAAACAUGGCUUCAGAGCAGCUUAUGAAAAUGAUGAUGAGACCACACAACAACAACAACAACAACAACCAGAAUGCAACAUCAUCUUUCAUGUCUGAGAUGCUGCAGCAGAAUGUUUUAAUGGGGCAUGGAGGAGGUUUACUCGGAGAUAUGAAUAUGCAGCAGCCAAUGGUAACGAGCCAGAAACCUGAGAUGGUGCAGCAGCCAGAAAGCAAGAUCACAUUGAAUCCAUCUACUGCUUUCAAUACAACUGGCCAAGAACAGAAUCUGUCACAGAAUAUGACUGCUCCUCCAAAAUCUGAACACCAUGGAAAUGAGCAGAAGUCAGUGGAACAGGCUAGCCAGGCGAGAACAGUCACAGUGUGUAAUGAGGAUGCUUUGUCUCCUUUACAAGCUGAACCAUGUCCUGACACAAGUCAACAGAUAUACCCACCACAGUCUGAUCCAAUAAACGGGUUCUCUUUCCUGGAAACAGAAGAGCUGACAUCCUUCCACUCUCUUGCCGGAUCAUCACUGCUAUCCUCCCAGGAGGAUUCUUCAGCUGUUGUGUUGCCUGAUUCAACAAACUCAUCGCUGUUUCACGAUGUGUGGGACAAUCAGCUCAGCGGUCUAAAGUUUGACCAGUUCAGUCCCUUGAUGCAGCAAGACCUUUAUGGUUGUCAGGAUAGCACAACCAGCAACAUUCUAGAUCCUCCUCCACUCUCAAACACGGUUCUUGAUGACUUCUGUGCCAUCCAGAAUCAUCACCCUUCUUCUGACUGUUUGGUCGGGAAUAGCAACACUAGCUUUGCACAAGAUGUCCAGUCGUCGCAGAUCACAACUGCUGGCUUUGCAGACUCAAAGGCCUUUUCUCGCCAAGAUAACUCUGGAGGAACUACUGUUACAUCUUCAAGCAAUGUUGAUUUUGAUGAUAGUACUCUACUGCAGCAGAAUAGUAAAGGCUCAUGGCAGAAACUUGCAACGCCUCGUGUCAGAACCUAUACUAAGGUUCAAAAAACCGGGUCAGUUGGCAGGUCAAUUGAUGUAACAAGCUUCAGAGACUACAAGGAGUUAAAAACUGCAAUUGAGUGUAUGUUUGGACUUGAAGGAUUACUCACUCGUCCGCAAAGCUCUGGAUGGAAGCUUGUAUAUGUUGAUUAUGAGAGUGAUGUUCUGCUUGUAGGAGAUGAUCCAUGGAAAGAGUUUGUGGGAUGUGUAAGGUGCAUAAAGAUACUGUCGCCAGCAGAGGUUGAGCAGAUGAGUGAAGAAGGAAUGAAGCUUUUGAACAGCGCAUGCAUAAACGAUCUCAAGACUUCUGUUUCAUAAAUGUUAGCUAUAUUAAAAAAAAGUUUAGAUGUGUUGAGGAAAAAAGAGAGAAAGAAAGUGUUCUUUUCUCCUACUUGUAGUGGAGAGAACCAUCUUGUUGUAAGAGUUUGAUGUCUUAGUUCCCAUCUGAAACCUGCAACUAUUUAAAUGUUUAUGUAGUAAGAGUGAUAAAUGAAUCAUCUGCAACUAUGUUGUCUUAAAGGCCAAAACAAUAAGCUUUUA